GUAAUCCAAUUUGGAGAAAAAACAGAAUCCUUCCAUAGCUCUUUUCUACGAAAAAUGGCCCCGAAGGCAGAGAAAAAGCCAGCUGAGAAGAAACCUGCAGCCGAGAAGACUCCGGCGGAGAAAAAGCCGAAAGCCGGAAAGAAAUUGCCGAAAGAAGGUGGAGCUGCGGCAGGAGACAAGAAGAAGAAGCGGAUGAAGAAGAGCGUUGAGACGUACAAGAUCUACAUCUUCAAGGUGCUGAAACAGGUUCACCCUGAUAUUGGGAUUUCCAGCAAAGCCAUGGGUAUCAUGAACAGCUUCAUCAAUGAUAUCUUUGAGAAAUUGGCUCAGGAGGCCUCCAAACUAGCCAGGUACAACAAGAAACCGACCAUCACCUCACGGGAGAUUCAGACUGCAGUGAGAUUAGUUCUCCCUGGAGAAUUGGCCAAGCAUGCUGUUUCUGAGGGUACAAAGGCUGUUACUAAGUUCACCAGCUCUUGAGUGGAUGAUGAAUUAGGGUUUUUACUUUUGCUCGUUUUUAAUUCCCUUUUAAAUUAUCACAUGCUAAUGUUAGUGUUUAUGAGGAUCUAGAUGUAAUCAAACUUUAGGAUCCUGUUGAAUAUAGGUUCUGUAGUUGGUUGCUAGUAAUUUAAUGAAUGAAAUUUCUGUCCCUAUCUUAUAUUGUUCCA